AUGUCUCGACCACGGCUUCCUCUGAAUUCUCUCCCCGUGUGGACAAGCUUCAACAAUGGCAAUCUCAGCAAGGUCGUCGAAGUCAAAUCCGUCCCAGACAAAGGAUUAGGGCUGAUUGCCAAGGACGGUUCGGCUGCCAUUGGAGACGCACCUCUAAUAUCAAUCCCCCACAGCCUUGUGUUGAACUCGGAAGCUGUCGAGGAGUACGCCAAAGAAGACAGGAGCUUCAGGAAGCUUCUGGACUCUUGUGGGCACAAAAGCCGGCGUCAUGACAUCCUUUUGUUUCUCCUCGUCCACCUGGUCCUCUCUUCGGACAAUCAAGAACAUGCUGGCCUUCCGAAUCCCUGGACCGAGUAUGUCAAACUGCUGGACGACACCAUUCCUGUGCCUACUCUCUGGGAAGAAGACGAACGCUCGCUCCUCCGAGGGACGUCUCUUGAGGCUGCCCUGAAUGCGAAGAUGCUGGCACUGACCAACGAAUUCGAGGAGCUGCGCGACAAGUCAUCCGAUAUAGAAUGCUGGAAUGCCGCAUUCUGGGAUAAUGAUUCUGUCCAUCUCGAGGACUGGCUGCUCGUCGACGCGUGGUAUCGCUCCAGGGUCCUUGAGCUGCCCAGAUCAGGGCCAUCUCUUGUGCCGUGUAUUGACAUGGUCAACCACUCAACCGACGCUAACGCCUACUACGAAGAGAAUACCAACGAUGAUGUUAUCCUCUUGCUCCGCCCAGGCGCGGACUUCAAGGAGGGAGAUGAGGUCAACAUCAGCUACGGCUCAGAGAAGCCCGCAGCGGAAAUGCUGUUCAGCUACGGAUUUAUAGACUCACACUCAGUGGCGAGAAGCCUCAGGCUACCUCUGAGACCACUGCCGGAUGAUCCGUUAGGCAAGGCAAAGGUUCACGCUUUUCAAGACGUCCCGGCAGUUGACAUCAAAGAAGUUGACGGAAAAGUGAUUUGCACGAGUUCCUUCGCGUAUCUCAUGAUCUUGAACGAGGAAGAUGGACUGGACUUUCGUUUACUGCAGGACACAGAUGGCGAUAGGGAGCUCAGAACGUUCUGGCGAGAUCAGGACGUGACAGAAAUGACCGACUCUUUCGACCAGCUUGUGUCGGACCAUGAGCUCUGCAGCGUCUUCAAAUUGCGAGUCAAUAUGGUGAUAUCUCAACGACUGGAGGAGCAGUUGGAACGGCUGUCUCCUUUCUCGGCUGACGAUGGCAAUGCAGCGUCUGUUACAGACCUACCAAGUACAUCUAACGCUGCCAAUGCGAGAGCGCUGAGAAUCAUAGAGAAAGACGUUCUUGACAAGGCGGUCGCGGUGCUUGAGGAACAGCGGACUGAGCUCUUAGCUCUCGAAGAGGUGACAGCCUACCUCGGGUCUAUGGCGAUCUUUCAGGGUGGCUUGAGUGAGGUUCCAGAAGACGACAGCAGCGAUGAGUUCAGUUAG